CUCAUCUUACGGCUAUUCAAGUUUUGGUUACAUAUUGACUGGAUGUUUAAAUUGUUCUAUGGGAAGGAGCUGAAAGAAUCUUUAAAAAUUCGGGACCAAUGUAUGGACGUUAUCAGUCAGGAAUGGAAAGAAGGAGCGACUAUUAAAAAGGAAGUGAUUCCAGGCGCAAAUCAGGACAUCGAACGCUUGUCAGGCGUAAACUUGGUGGAUGUAAUGUUUGAAAAUCUGCCAAUAAUAUCAGAUGACCAUGAUUGGAUGGAUGAAUUUAUAACUAUGCUAGUAACUGCAUCUGACACAAUUGUUUCUGCUCUGUCUUUUGUGCUUCUUACAAUAGGACACCAUCCUGAAGUACAGGAAAGGAUGUUCAUGGAGAUCGAGGAAGUAAUGGGAGACCUGGACCGUGACGUUACCGCUGCCGACGUUAACGCCAUGAAGUACCUGGACCAGGUCAUUCUAGAAAGUAUUAGGCUACAUGGUAACGUUGUUUUAAUCAUGAGAAGAGCCACAAAUGAUACUAAGAUACACAGCUGUACACUGCCAGCUGGUAGUCGGGUGUUGAUCAUGCUCCACGCUUUGGGUUGGAAUAAAGAACGGUUCCCAAAUCCCGAGCAGUUCCUGCCUGAACGGUUCUCUCCAGAACAGAAAAAACUGCGACAUAACUACUCUUUUAUUCCAUUCAGCGCUGGUCCCCGCAACUGUAUAGGGAAGGCAUACGCCAUGGUGAUCCUGAAGACAGCCCUGGUCCAUAUCUUGAGACGCCUGCGAGUUAAAUCACACACAAAAUUGUCAGACAUAGAGUACGAGCUGAGGACGAUAAUGUACAGCAAGACUCCGCUUCUGGUCACCUUCCAACCGCGAUAGCAACGGUUUCAUUUUAAUCUGCUAAAGAGUAUACGAGUUGAAUAACUUUAAUUAUUAGUAACCAUAGCAUGAACCGUCAUGAAUGUUUUUUUUGUGUGCGUAAAAACCAACUAUUAAAUGUAGUGGUUAGUGUUCGCUGUUAUGUAUUUCUUUAAUAUUUUUACUGCAAAACGUAAUUUUCUAACUCGAAGGCCAUACUUUAAUUAGUGAUGAUGUAAUAUGAUGAAGCCCUUUAGUUUGUUAAACAUAAGUAGACAUAUCAAGUACAUAUUAUUUCAGAAUUCAUGGCUGAGAGAUUCAAAACGUUAAUACGAUUUUGAAUGAGUUUAUUUUAGGUUUUGAUGUAUGAAUAAAUAUACCUAUAAGUCUCAAAAACCUAAUUUGGUCAAAAAUUGUGAACUUUUUUCUGUUUAGAUUAAAUUUU